AUGCCUUCGCCCCCUCCAUCUGCACCACCUUCUUCUUCACCACCGCCAUCACCACCAGAAUCAACAAACAAAAACAGAUCUGGAGGAGCGGGUGGUAGAGGUGGUGGUGAUGAGGGUGAAAUCAGAAAUAAUGACAUGAGUGGCAGUGUUGGUUCAAGUUGCGGUGAUUCGUCUAAUGUUUGUGUUAGUAUUCCUGUUUCUUCAACAGAAAGCGAAAAAUCAGUGACGAAUUGCAUUGUCUCUCCUGGUGGUAUGAAGUAUUUUAUGCCUAGUUCUGUUGAUGGAAGUCAAGUACCGUUUCAAAAUCAGUCAUUUGAUAGCUUAGAUAAGGCGUACAACUUUUACAGAGAGUAUGGGAGGCUAGGGGGUUUUGAUGUACGAAAAACAACGGAGAAGAGAGAUGCUGAUGGUACCAUAAUUUUGAAACAUUUUGUGUGUAGUAAGGAAGGUUUUGUUGAUGGAAGUCAUUCUGAAGGAAUUAGGCAAAGACGUACUGUGUCACGGAGGUGUGGAUGUAAAGUAAAAGUGGUCAUGAAAAUUAGGAGCCAGAACAGAUAUUAUAUUUUCAAUUUUGUUGAACUUCACAACCAUCCGCUUGCUAGUGAAAGUGGUAGACAGUUUCUGAGGUCUAGUAGAGAGAUGACAGUUAGUUUGCGAAAUUUUGUUUUUGAUGCUGCGAAGGUAAAUAUCGGCUGCAGCAAGGCAUUUAGCCUGGUCAAAGAGAUGACAGGUGGAUAUAGUAAUGUUGGGGCAACAUUACGUGAUUUCAGGAAUUUUAAUAGGGAUUUAAAAGAAUUUGUCGGUGAAAGGGAUGGACAGAUGCUGAUUGACAAGUUUAAAGUAUUACAGGAGACAUCAAAAUCAUUUUAUUUUGCUUAUGAACUUGAUGGUGACGGGUAUAAUAUGAUUUUUGCACCUUUCACUGGUGUUGACAAACAUGAUAGAUGUGUCACAUUUGCUGCUUGUUUGUUAUCGAAAGAAGAUGUUGCUCAUUAUAAUUGGGCCUUUAAACAUUUUGUCAAGGCCAUGGGACGCAAUAAUGAUUUGGUUGCUAGCAAGCAUCGCCUAUGUAUGUGGCAUAUAAUGCAGAAAUUCCCUAUUAAGCUUGGGAAUCGUUUGUGUAAGGAAACAGACUUUAUGGAGAAAAUGAAAACUUACAUAUGGUCAUCGAAUUUGGAAAUUGAUGAGUUUGAAAGUGGAUGGAAAGCGGUUAUAGGAGAGUUUAAGUUGGAACAUAACAAAUGGUUAUCAGAUAUGUAUGACAUAAGAAAGUCGUGGAUUCCUGCCUAUUUCAGGGACAGUCCUAUGUUUGGCUUGAUGAGGACAACUUCAAGGUUCGAAAGUGAAAAUUUUUUCUUUUCACAGUUUCACAAGCAAGGCAGCGGAAUGAAACAGAACGUUUAG